AUGCGCUGCGGCGAUCACCCCAGCGGCCUGCAGAACCACCCUCGGCUGCGGACACCACCGCCACCACUCCCCCACGCCCAUACCCCCAACCAGCACCAUGCGGCCUCCAUCAACUCCUUGAACAGGGGCAACUUCACCCCCAGGAGCAACCCCAGCCCGGCACCCACAGACCACUCACUCUCCGGGGAGCCCCCGGCAGGCAGCGCCCAGGAGCCAACCCACGCCCAGGACAACUGGCUGCUCAACAGUAACAUCCCACUGGAGACCAGGCACUUCCUCUUCAAGCCAGGAGGCACCUCCCCGCUCUUCUGCACCACAUCCCCAGGGUACCCCCUCACGUCUAGCACCGUGUACUCGCCCCCACCCCGGCCCCUGCCCCGCAGCACCUUCUCCCGACCGGCCUUUAACCUCAAGAAGCCCUCCAAGUAUUGCAACUGGAAGUGUGCCGCCCUGAGUGCCCUCGUCCUCUCGGCUACCCUGGUCAUCCUGCUCGCAUACUUUGUGGCCAUGCACCUGUUUGGCCUAAACUGGCACCUGCAGCCGAUGGAGGGGCAGAUGUAUGAGAUCACGGAGGACACAGCCAGCAGUUGGCCUGUGCCAACGGACGUCUCCCUGUAUCCCUCGGGGGGCACUGGCUUAGAGAACCCUGACAGGAAAGGCAAAGGAGCCACGGAAGGAAAGCCAAGUAGUUUCUUUCCAGAGGACAGCUUCAUAGACUCGGGAGAAAUCGAUGUGGGGAGACGGGCUUCCCAGAAGAUUCCGCCGGGAACGUUCUGGAGAUCCCAAGUGUUCAUCGACCACCCCGUUCAUCUGAAGUUCAAUGUGUCCUUGGGGAAAGCAGCUCUGGUGGGCAUUUACGGCAGAAAAGGACUCCCUCCUUCCCAUACUCAGUUUGACUUUGUGGAGCUGCUGGAUGGACGAAGACUCCUAACCCAGGAGGCAAGGAGCCUGGAGGGUCCCCAGCGCCAGUCACGGGGUGCUGUCCCCCCAUCCAGCCAUGAGACCGGUUUCAUCCAGUACCUGGAUUCGGGAAUCUGGCACCUGGCCUUUUAUAACGAUGGGAAGGAGUCUGAAGUGGUUUCCUUUCUCACCACCACCAUUGAAUCAGUGGAUAACUGCCCCAGCAACUGCUACGGUAAUGGUGACUGUAUCUCGGGGACCUGCCACUGCUUCCUGGGUUUCCUGGGCCCUGACUGUGGCCGAGCCUCCUGUCCCGUGCUGUGCAGCGGGAAUGGCCAGUACAUGAAGGGCAGGUGCCUGUGCCAUAGUGGCUGGAAGGGCGCUGAGUGCGACGUGCCUACCAACCAAUGCAUCGACGUGGCCUGCAGCAGCCACGGCACCUGCAUCAUGGGCACCUGCAUCUGCAACCCCGGCUACAAGGGAGAGAGCUGCGAGGAAGUGGACUGCAUGGACCCCACAUGUUCCAGCCGGGGUGUCUGCGUGAGAGGCGAAUGCCACUGCUCCGUGGGAUGGGGAGGCACCAACUGCGAGUCACCCAGGGCCACAUGCUUGGACCAGUGCUCAGGCCACGGAACCUUCCUCCCAGACACCGGGCUUUGCAACUGCGACCCAAGCUGGACCGGACACGACUGCUCCAUUGAGAUCUGUGCUGCUGACUGCGGUGGCCACGGCGUCUGCGUAGGAGGCACCUGCCGCUGUGAGGACGGCUGGAUGGGGGCCGCAUGCGACCAACGGGCCUGCCACCCUCGCUGCGCGGAACACGGGACCUGCAGGGAUGGCAAGUGUGAAUGCAGCCCCGGCUGGAACGGUGAACACUGCACCAUCGAGGGCUGUCCUGGCUUGUGCAAUGGAAAUGGUAGAUGUACCCUGGACCUGAAUGGGUGGCACUGUGUCUGCCAGCUGGGCUGGAGAGGAGCUGGAUGUGACACGUCCAUGGAAACCGCCUGUGGGGACAGCAAAGACAACGAUGGAGAUGGCUUGGUGGACUGCAUGGAUCCUGACUGCUGCCUCCAGCCCCUCUGUCACGUCAACCCGCUGUGCCUGGGCUCCCCCGAUCCUCUGGACAUCAUCCAAGAGACCCAGGCCCCCGUACCCCAACAGAACCUGCACUCGUUCUACGACCGCGUCAAGUUCCUCGUGGCCAGGGACAGCACACACGUCAUCCCCGGGGAGAACCCCUUUGACGGAGGGCAUGCGUGCGUUAUCCGUGGACAAGUGAUGACAUCGGAUGGGACCCCGCUGGUUGGCGUGAACAUCAGUUUCAUCAAUAACCCUCUCUUUGGGUACACAAUCAGCAGGCAAGAUGGCAGCUUUGACCUGGUCACGAACGGCGGCAUCUCCAUCGUCCUGAGAUUCGAACGGGCACCCUUCAUCACGCAAGAGCAUACCCUCUGGCUGCCCUGGGACCGCUUCUUUGUCAUGGAAACCAUCAUCAUGAGACACGAGGAGAACGAGAUUCCCAGCUGCGACCUGAGCAACUUCGCCCGCCCCAACCCCGUGGUGUCGCCAUCCCCCCUGACGUCCUUCGCCAGCUCCUGUGCUGAGAAAGGCCCCAUUGUCCCAGAAAUCCAGGCCCUGCAAGAGGAAAUCACCAUUGCCGGCUGCAAGAUGCGGCUGAGCUAUCUGAGCAGCCGCACGCCUGGCUACAAGUCUGUCCUGAGGAUCAGCCUCACACACCCCACCAUCCCCUUCAACCUUAUGAAGGUCCACCUCAUGGUGGCGGUUGAGGGUCGCCUCUUCCGGAAGUGGUUUGCUGCAGCCCCAGACCUGUCCUAUUACUUCAUCUGGGACAAGACAGAUGUCUACAACCAGAAGGUGUUCGGGCUGUCAGAAGCCUUCGUUUCCGUGGGUUACGAAUAUGAAUCCUGCCCAGAUCUGAUCCUAUGGGAGAAAAGGACGGCAGUAUUGCAGGGCUAUGAAAUCGACGCCUCCAAACUGGGGGGCUGGAGCCUGGACAAGCACCAUGCCCUGAACAUCCAGAGCGGCAUCCUACACAAAGGGAAUGGAGAGAACCAGUUCGUGUCCCAGCAGCCACCGGUCAUCGGCAGCGUCAUGGGCAAUGGACGUAGGAGGAGCAUCUCCUGCCCCAGCUGCAAUGGUCUUGCUGAUGGCAACAAGCUCCUGGCCCCUGUGGCCCUCGCCUGCGGCUCUGACGGAAGUCUCUAUGUGGGAGACUUCAAUUACAUCCGCAGAAUCUUCCCAUCUGGAAAUGUCACCAACAUCCUGGAGAUGAGAAAUAAAGAUUUCAGACAUAGUCACAGCCCAGCACACAAAUACUACCUGGCUACAGACCCCAUGAGCGGGGCCGUCUUCCUGUCUGACACCAACAGCCGGCGGGUCUUCAGGAUCAAGUCCACCACAGUGGUGAAGGACCUGGUCAAGAACUCUGAGGUGGUGGCGGGGACUGGGGACCAGUGUCUCCCCUUUGAUGACACUCGCUGCGGAGAUGGCGGGAAAGCCACAGAAGCCACGCUCACUAAUCCCAGGGGGAUCACAGUGGACAAAUUCGGGCUCAUUUACUUCGUGGAUGGCACAAUGAUCAGACGCGUCGAUCAAAACGGGAUCAUCUCCACCUUGCUGGGCUCCAAUGACCUCACCUCAGCCAGGCCCCUCAGCUGUGACUCCGUCAUGGAUAUUUCUCAGGUUCGCCUGGAGUGGCCCACAGACUUAGCCAUCAAUCCGAUGGAUAACUCCCUCUACGUCCUUGACAACAACGUGGUCCUGCAAAUCUCCGAAAACCACCAGGUGCGCAUUGUCGCCGGGAGGCCCAUGCACUGCCAGGUCCCCGGCAUCGACCACUUCCUGCUGAGCAAGGUGGCCAUCCAUGCCACCCUGGAGUCAGCCACGGCUUUAGCUGUCUCGCACAACGGAGUCCUGUACAUCGCCGAGACGGAUGAGAAAAAGAUCAACCGCAUCAGGCAGGUCACCACAAGCGGUGAGAUCUCCUUGGUCGCCGGUGCCCCCAGCGGCUGCGACUGUAAAAACGACGCCAACUGCGAUUGCUUCUCCGGAGAUGAUGGCUAUGCCAAGGAUGCCAAGCUGAAUACCCCCUCUUCCUUGGCUGUGUGUGCCGACGGGGAGCUCUACGUGGCUGACCUUGGAAACAUCCGAAUCCGAUUCAUCCGGAAGAACAAGCCUUUCCUCAACACCCAGAACAUGUACGAGCUGUCCUCCCCCAUCGACCAGGAGCUGUACCUCUUUGACACCAGCGGCAAGCAUCUGUACACCCAGAGCCUGCCGACGGGAGACUACCUGUACAACUUCACUUACACGGGGGAUGGCGACAUCACACACAUCACUGACAACAACGGCAACAUGGUGAACGUCCGCCGGGAUUCCACCGGGAUGCCCCUCUGGCUGGUAGUCCCAGAUGGCCAGGUCUACUGGGUAACCAUGGGCACCAACAGUGCACUCAGAAGCGUGACCACGCAAGGACACGAGCUGGCUAUGAUGACCUACCAUGGCAACUCCGGCCUCUUGGCGACCAAGAGCAAUGAAAAUGGGUGGACGACGUUUUAUGAGUAUGACAGCUUUGGCCGCCUGACCAACGUGACCUUUCCAACCGGCCAGGUGAGCAGUUUCCGAAGCGACACAGACAGCUCCGUGCACGUGCAGGUAGAGACCUCCAGCAAAGAUGACGUCACCAUAACCACCAACCUGUCUGCCUCGGGUGCCUUCUACACUCUGUUGCAAGACCAAGUCCGGAACAGCUACUACAUCGGGGCUGAUGGUUCCCUGCGGCUGCUGCUCGCCAACGGCAUGGAAGUGGCCCUGCAGACCGAGCCACACCUGCUGGCUGGCACCGUCAACCCCACUGUGGGCAAGAGGAACGUCACACUGCCCAUCGACAAUGGCCUCAACCUGGUGGAAUGGCGGCAGCGCAAGGAGCAGGCUCGCGGUCAGGUCACAGUCUUUGGGCGCCGUCUGCGGGUUCACAACCGGAACCUCCUGUCUCUGGACUUUGACCGUGUCACACGCACAGAGAAGAUCUACGAUGACCACCGCAAGUUCACCCUCCGGAUCCUGUACGACCAGGCAGGGAGGCCUAGCCUCUGGUCGCCUAGCAGCAGGCUCAAUGGGGUUAAUGUGACCUACUCCCCUGGGGGUCACAUUGCCGGAAUCCAAAGGGGCAUCAUGUCUGAGAGGAUGGAAUAUGAUCAGGCAGGGCGCAUCACAUCCCGGAUCUUUGCGGAUGGGAAGAUGUGGAGCUACACGUACUUGGAGAAGUCCAUGGUGCUUCACCUCCACAGCCAGAGGCAGUACAUCUUCGAGUUUGACAAGAACGACCGCCUCUCUUCCGUGACCAUGCCCAACGUAGCCAGGCAGACGCUGGAAACCAUCCGCUCGGUGGGCUACUACAGAAACAUCUACCAGCCCCCGGAAGGCAACGCCUCCGUCAUCCAGGACUUCACCGAGGACGGGCACCUGUUGCACACCUUCUACCUGGGCACUGGCCGCAGGGUGGUUUACAAGUACGGCAAGCUGUCGAAGCUGGCCGAGACUCUGUACGACACCACCAAGGUGAGCUUCACCUACGACGAAACGGCGGGCAUGCUGAAGACCGUCAACCUCCAGAACGAGGGCUUUACCUGCACGAUCCGCUACCGUCAGAUCGGGCCCCUCAUUGACCGCCAGAUCUUCCGGUUCACAGAGGAAGGCAUGGUCAACGCCCGCUUCGAUUACAACUACGACAACAGCUUCCGCGUGACCAGCAUGCAGGCCGUGAUCAACGAGACCCCGCUGCCCAUCGACCUCUACCGCUAUGAUGAUGUGUCAGGCAAGACGGAACAGUUCGGGAAGUUCGGUGUCAUCUACUACGACAUCAACCAGAUCAUCACCACAGCCGUCAUGACCCACACCAAGCAUUUUGACGCUUACGGCAGGAUGAAGGAAGUACAGUACGAGAUCUUCCGGUCCCUCAUGUACUGGAUGACUGUCCAGUACGAUAACAUGGGGCGGGUAGUGAAGAAGGAGCUGAAGGUGGGACCCUAUGCCAACACCACCCGUUACUCCUACGAGUACGAUGCUGACGGCCAGCUGCAGACAGUCUCCAUCAACGACAAGCCGCUCUGGCGCUACAGUUAUGACCUCAACGGGAACCUGCACCUGCUGAGCCCCGGAAACAGUGCCCGGCUCACACCGCUGCGGUACGACCUCCGUGACCGUAUCACGAGGCUGGGUGACGUGCAGUACAAGGUGGAUGAGGACGGCUUCCUGAGGCAGCGGGGUGGGGAUGUCUUUGAAUACAAUUCGGCGGGCCUGCUCAUCAAAGCCUACAACCGGGCCAGUGGCUGGAGUGUCAGGUACCGCUACGAUGGCCUGGGGCGCCGCGUGUCCAGCAAGAGCAGCCACAGUCACCACCUGCAGUUCUUCUACGCGGACCUGACCAAUCCCACCAAGGUCACCCACCUCUACAACCACUCCAGCUCGGAGAUCACGUCCCUCUACUACGACCUGCAAGGACACCUCUUCGCCAUGGAGCUGAGCAGCGGCGACGAGUUUUACAUCGCCUGCGACAACAUCGGGACCCCCCUGGCCGUCUUCAGUGGAACCGGCCUGAUGAUUAAGCAGAUCCUCUACACCGCCUACGGGGAGAUCUACAUGGACACAAACCCCAACUUCCAGAUCAUCAUCGGCUACCACGGCGGCCUCUACGACCCACUCACCAAGCUCGUCCACAUGGGCCGGCGGGAUUACGAUGUGCUGGCCGGACGUUGGACGAGCCCAGACCAUGACCUCUGGAAACGCCUGAGUAGCAGCAGCAUUGUGCCUUUUCACCUCUACAUGUUCAAGAACAACAACCCCAUCAGCAACUCUCAGGACAUCAAGUGCUUCAUGACAGAUGUCAACAGUUGGCUGCUCACCUUUGGAUUCCAGCUACACAAUGUGAUACCUGGCUAUCCCAAACCAGACACCGAUGCCAUGGAGCCAUCCUACGAGCUCGUGCACACACAGAUGAAAACUCAGGAAUGGGACAACAGCAAGUCUAUCCUUGGGGUACAGUGUGAAGUCCAGAAACAACUCAAGGCCUUCGUUACCUUAGAACGCUUUGAUCAGCUUUAUGGCUCCACCAUCACCAGCUGCCAGCAGGCCCCAGAGACAAAGAAGUUUGCCUCCAGUGGUUCCAUCUUUGGCAAGGGGGUCAAGUUUGCCUUGAAAGAUGGCCGCGUAACCACAGACAUCAUCAGCGUGGCCAAUGAGGAUGGGCGGAGGAUUGCGGCCAUCUUGAACAAUGCCCACUAUCUAGAGAACCUUCACUUCACCAUUGACGGGGUGGACACCCACUACUUUGUGAAACCAGGACCUUCGGAAGGCGACCUGGCCAUCCUGGGCCUCAGUGGGGGGCGGCGAACCCUGGAGAACGGGGUCAACGUCACGGUGUCCCAGAUCAACACCAUGCUCAGUGGCAGGACUAGACGCUACACUGACAUCCAGCUGCAGUACAGGGCACUGUGCCUGAACACCCGCUACGGGACAACCGUGGACGAGGAGAAGGCGCGGGUGCUGGAGCUGGCCAGGCAGAGAGCUGUACGCCAGGCUUGGGCCCGGGAGCAGCAAAGACUGCGGGAAGGGGAGGAAGGCCUGCGGGCCUGGACAGAGGGAGAGAGGCAGCAGGUGCUGAACACAGGGCGGGUGCAGGGCUAUGACGGCUUCUUUGUCACCUCCGUCGAGCAGUACCCAGAACUGUCGGACAGCGCCAACAAUAUCCACUUCAUGAGACAGAGCGAGAUGGGCCGAAGGUGACAGAGAGGGCCAAGGCCCGGACUUCUUGCCAAAGACAGCUUUCCUUCUGUGUCCGUAUACCUGACUGUGUUGUACUUAACAAAAAAAAAAAAAAAAAAAAUUUUUUUU